GUCUUGGAUGCAUGGCAUGGCACAUAGUAAAAGGCAGCUCCAUAGGAUGCUUGAAAGAAAUACAGACAGCCAGAAGAACUCAGGAUGAGUAAACCAAAUAAUUUUGACAGUCAAAGUACAUUCUGUGUUCUCUGUGGACGGACAGAUGACUGCCCUGAAAAGUAUGGAGAAAAAAGAACCUUUGUGGAAUACAAUCUCACUGUGCAUUAUUAUUGUUUGUUGAUGUCAAGUGGCAUUUGGCAGAGAGGGGAAGAAGAUGAAGGUGUAGAUGGAUUCUUAAUCACAGAUAUUAGAAAAGAAGUAAAUAGAGCUGCAAAACUGAAGUGUAAUAUCUGUAAGAAAAAGGGUGCUUCGAUUGGAUGUGUAGCUCCCAAAUGCAAACGAAGUUACCAUUUUCCUUGUGGGAUAAAAAGGGAAUGUAUUUUCCAGUUCAUGGAAGACUUCAGAUCUUACUGUUGGGAACAUAAACCAGUCCAAACUUUUAUGGAUAAAGAAUCUAGAGGAGCAUCGCAGUGCACAAUAUGCCUGGAUUUGGUUGAACAUCUUCCAACGUACACUAUAUUGAAGAGUCCUUGCUGUAAAAAUGCUUGGUUUCAUCGAGAAUGCUUGCAGUAUCAAGCUUUGAGUGCUGGGAUAUUUUUCUUUAGGUGCACAGUAUGCAAUAACAAGGACAAAUUUCAAAAAGAAAUGUUGAGAAUGGGCAUAUACAUUCCAGAAAGGGAUGCGUCUUGGGAACUUGAAGAGAACGCAUAUCAAGACUUACUGCAAUGUUAUCAACAUUGUGAUAUUAGAAGAUGUCUCUGCAAGAAAGGAAGAGACUAUAAUGAACCUGAUAGUAAAUGGGAAAUAAAGCGCUGUCAGUGUUGUGGUUCUCGUGGGACUCAUUUGGCCUGUUCAUCUCUGAAGUCAUGGGAGCAAAACUGGGAGUGCAUAGAAUGCAGAAGUAUCUUUGCAAAAUCAGGGAAGUACAGCAGAAAGAAAAAGCGUUCUUUGGCUACUUCUGAAAAGACAGAUGGGACAACUUGUUUGAUGGACGAGCCAUCUCCAAAGACCCCUCGGCAGUCAUCUGGAUCUCAACACAGUUUUCUACUCCAAUCACCAAAGAGAAUGUACCAGAACAACUUGUCACCUUGCUCACACCUAGAACUUCCAGCAUCCAACAGAGUGACAAUGUCCUUAUCUCCACUGAUGUUAAACAGAAACUGGUCCCUGAGGCAAAAGCAUUUAAGAGAGCAAAGAAAGGAAGUUUGUAACAUACUGAAGGAGUUAAAGGUGCAAGUUAAUACAAAAACAACGAGGCUUAACAUCAAUGCAGAUGAUAUCUGGAAUAGUGCUUUAAAAGGAUUUAGACAGCGCAACUUCAGUCCUACAAACACCAUUGAAAUAAAUUUCACAAACUGCAAAAAUAGACCAAAGACAGAUACUUCUGCUGCAUCAAAGCACCAUUUCUUCCAGUUAUUAAUGCUUCACCUUCAGAAUUCAUCAUUGUUUGAGGGCUCUUCUGCGAAGAAUUUGUCCCUUGAUUUUCAAGCUGUAAAAGAAAACCUUUAUUUUGAAGCUGGUAAAAUGAUUGCAGUUUCUCUGGUUCACGGUGGUCCAUCCCCUGGUUUCUUUUCCAAAACGCUGUUCGAUUGUCUUGUCUAUGGUCCAGAGAAUGUGAAGCCAGCUUUGGAAGAUGUUGCUGAUGUUGAUGUAGCACAAACAAUAAAAAUGAUAAAAUAUGCAAAUAGUCUGUCCAGCCUACAGUCUACAAUACAUGACUGCUAUGAAUUCCUUGCUGCUGCUGGAUGUUUAAGACCUAUAACAGCUUUGUGUGAUAAGAACAUGCUGGUGAAUGACAUAUUGAUCCAUCAUGUAAUCAAGAGAAUUAUUUCACCAUUAGAAAGUUUUAGGCAAGGUUUGAAAACUCUUGGUGUUCUGGAGAAAAUGCAAAUGCACCCAGAUGCGUUCUCUAGUGUAUUGUGCCACAAACCCGAAAGACUUUCAGCAGAAGCUAUUUGUGAUCUCUUUACAAUCCAUCCAUCAUCAGAUGUAAAGGAAGUUAAAGGUGCUGAUUUUUGGAUGGGCUAUUUGCAAGAUGUGGAAAGUGGUGAGUCUGUAGUGACGUUUGAGGAUAUCUUGCUGUUCGCAACAGGCUCCCCUUCUGUACCAUCCAUUGGUUUUGAUCCUGAACCUACUAUUAAAUUUUUGCGUAUAAGGUACCCCAUUGGAAACAGACUCCUUAAUAGCUUAGAGCUCCCUAUAACAAAAACAUACCAGCAGUUUAAAAAUAAAAUGGAGCUCACCAUCAAAAACACACUAAGAGUUGAAAGUGAAUAAGUAUUUUUGCUACUAAACUGGAUGUUGGAAAAUUCAGUUUUCUGCAGGAACAUCUACUUCCAAUUUGCUACUGUAUUUUUGGACAACGUGCUCUCAGCCUUUUGCCACUUUUCCUCCAAAGAUAUGCUAAAAGAAGUAAUAUUGUUAGAUGGAAAACAAUUUUCAAAUGAAAAUACACUUUAUUUCUUGAACUCCUUUUGAAGUUGACUUGAGUCAACAGUCUCUUGCAGAAGUACUUUAAAUAUCUACUUUUGCUGUAGACAAGUAUAAGUACCAAACUCUGUAACAGGUAAGUUUGUGGAUUGUAUCAC